GUCUAUCCAGGAAAUUACUCUGGUGCUCCAGUGUAAGUUCCGAAUCAGCUCUCCGACUUAUGUCAAAGCUUUGUCAAUUACCAAUUGUCGAAAUGAUAAAAGAUUAGGAGGCAAGCUGAAACAACGAGAUAUCAAAUUUAAAAUAGAAAACAGAUUAAAUUUAUAACAUCGAAUGUCGGAAGAUAGGUUGAAAUGUUAUUAAGUGAAAGUAAGGAGUGGCGGUCACUCUAUUAAUUUUGACUAAACUAUUUUAAAACUCUCCAAAAAAUAGUUUUAAAAUUAAAAUUUUACUCUUCAUAAUUUGCUCGAUCUUUUUUUUUCCUUUUAACUUAGUACUAUGAUUGAAGGGAGUUUUAGUAUUGCGGCUUCAGAAAGUACAAACCAUAGCUAUCAUUUUAAAAAUGGCAAUAUACCACUGUCUUCCAUAACACUAGGAGAGCUUCUGGACAAUGCUGUUGAUACAUAUGGUGACAGAAUUUACGUUGUGUCCCAUCAUCAAGGAAUUUCAAAAACUUACUCCGAAUUUAGAAAUGAGGUUCAAACUUUAGCUUCUGGAUUCAUAGCUUCGGGAUUGAAACGAGGUGAUCGACUAGCUAUCUUCAGUCCAAAUUGUUACGAAUGGGCCCUUACGCAGUUUGCUGCAGCGAAAGCGGGUUUGAUUUUGGUAAAUCUUAAUUUCUUAUCUGAAUCUGAAGAAGUUGAGUGGUACCUCAAAACCGUAUCAUGUACAGCUUUAAUAAUGUAUGACAAAUAUAGGAGACACGACUACUAUGAAAUACUCAACAGGAUAAUUCCCGAUUUACCGACAAGUGAUCCGAAGAAUCUCAAAAGUGAGAAGUUUCCAGGCUUAAAAUAUAUUAUGGUGAUUUCUGAUGAGCAUAAAAAAGGUACUCUACGAUUUAAAGAUAUAUCCAGUUCUGGAAACAGCAAGAGUGAUGCUAUAUUAUCACAGACAGAGAAACUAAUACAGUUUGACGAUCCUGUAAACAUUCAAUUCACCUCAGGUACAACAAACGUGCCGAAAGGAGCAGUUGUCACCCAUCGCAAUGUCAUAAAUAAUGCUAUUCGCACUUCGGAGCUUCUGCAGUUUCACAUAAUGACACCUAUUUUAUGCUGUCAAGUACCUCUCUUUCACACGUUUGGCUGUGUUGCAGUAUCAUUGUGUACAAUCGUUGUUGGUGGAACGUUUAUUAUGCCAAGUCCUGGGUUUGAUUCCAAAGAAAGUUUAAAAAUUAUUGAAAAAUACAGAUGCAAUAGUAUACAUGGAACUCCAACGAUGAUGAUUGACAUUAUUAAGAAUUACAAACUACUUCAGACAGACAUUAGUUCACUUAAAACAGUCUGUAUGGCGGGUUCUUCCUUACAAGAUGGACUUUUUAAAGAAUUAUACAAUGACUUGAAAAUUCCAUCAGUGGUUGUUUGCUAUGGUAUGACCGAAACCAGCUCUACGGUGUGUUCGACAAAGGCAUAUGCCGACUUAGAAACUAUGUCAAGUGGUUUUAUGGAAUCUGUCGGAGAACUCGAGGUGAAAAUUAUAGACAAUGAUGGUAGAAUCGUUUCGAAAGGUGAGAGAGGGGAGAUUUGCGUAAGAGGCUUUAACGUGUUCAGUGGUUAUUGGAACAACAAAGUUAAAACAGAAGAAGCGAUUGAUAAAUCAAGAUGGUUUCAUACAGGAGAUAUUGGUGUUAUGAAUGAGAAGGGAUGGAUGAAAAUAGUAGGAAGAAUAAAAGACGUGGUCAUAAGAGGAGGAGAAAAUAUUUGGACAGCUGAAAUUGAGAGCUUCUUAAGUGUUCACCCAGCAAUUUCUGAAGUUCACAUUUGCGGUGUUCCAGACCAAAGAUUAGGUGAAGAAUUAUGCUGUUGGAUUCAUGUUGAACCUGGAAUGAAUCUUACAGAAGAAGAGGUCCGUAACUUCUGCAAGGGAAAGAUCAGCUAUUAUAAGAUCCCCCGCUAUAUCAUGUUUGUGGAAAAAUUUCCUACGACAACGUCUGGAAAAGUUCGAAAAACAGAAAUGGCAAGAAUUUCGGUGGAAAAAUUGAAUCUCAAAAAAUAAAUAUAUGAAUUGAAUUAUUUUGCAACAAAUCACAAUUGUCUGCAAGUUUAAUUAUUAUAAAAACAUAAAAAAUAUCAUGUAGAAAAUUGAUGUUAAAAGUGUCGAAAGAAAAUUUUAUGAUUUUUAUCUUAAGGUUAUUGGGUAAAUUUUAGCUAUCCAGAAACAAAAACUCAUGUGAAAUUAUUUUUUUUUUAUUUAUAGUGUUUACUUCACUUUUAAUGCACUAUUAUUUUCUACAAUAUUAUUUAAACGAAAAAUCGAAACAUUGUUAAAAGAAUCUCAGCAUUUACUUGUGUUCUCUUUUUACUUGUGUGUUCUUUUAAAAAUAAAUUCAAUGCCAGUA